AUGGUUGAAAGUCGCAAAGCCGAGCAAGCUCUACACGCCGCCCAAAACGCAGGAACCGCUUUGAAUGCUAAUUCUUCUCGCCACUCGGCUGCCUCCUCAGCUCCGAAUGAUUAUCGUAACGAUGGAACAGACCGCACUCGUGGUAGGGGUUGGUCCCACGGCAGGGGCAGGGGCCGUGGUAACGGGGGUCGCGGCAGAGGACCUCAACAGUAUGGCGCUCCGGGGUCUGGUUCAGGUUCAGCUACCUCACAACAGUUUGGAUGGCCCAACUCUUUCGUCAACCCUUGGGCCCCGCAAUCUUGGACCGCACCUCAGCAAUACCUGUGGCCCACAUGGGCUGCGCCACCUUGCCCGUAUCCCACCACUAAUCCACGCCCCAUCAAUAAUAACAGUGGCAAUGGUAUACUUGGCCCGCGACCAACUCAAGCCCAUCAUACCGCAUACACGCCAACUGACAUCGAACAAGCAAUGCACGCCAUGACUCUCAACCAACAGGAUCCGACACACUAUAUGGAUACGGGAGCUACCGGGAACAUGACACAUGUUGCAGGUAAUUUCCAAUCGUUUUCUAAUAAUAACAUGUCACAGAAUAUCAUUGUUGGUAAUGGCACAACCAUACCAGUACUUGGACAUGGCACACAAACCUUACCACCCCCCUUCCCACCCCCCAUUCUUAAAAACGUCUUAUAUGCACCCAAAUUAAUAAAAAAUCUAAUCUCGGUUCCUCGGUUCACCACCGACAACUCUGUUUCUGUUGAAUUUGACCCGUUUGGUUUUCUUGUGAAGGACUACAAGACCCGGAUCCCUAUCCUCAGAUGCAACAGUAGUGGCGAUCUUUACCCGCUUCUACUUGAUUCUAGAAACACCACAACACCAUCAACCUUCGCUGCUAUUUCCUCUACACUAUGGCAUCAACGUCUCGGUCACCCGGGCUAA